UCAGUGGAUUAUAGAAUAUAACAGUGAAUUUUGAUAUUGUAUUUCGUUUUAGAAAGAUCAAUUAAAUUUAGAAAUAAAGAUAAUAUAAUUUUCUUUUAUGUAAUGUUUCAUACAUUUCAGAAAUUUCUUUUGUAAUAGAACUGUGCAGUCAAGAUGAUGCUCACAAUUCAUGGCUUACCUCUGACUACAAAAUAUCAUGACGUGAAAGUUAUUGUCAGGCGAGAAUGUAAUCUAGGGGACUACAUUUUGGAUAAUUUAGUUACUGACGAAGAUGGGUUUAAGAAAAUCAGAAUUGGCGUGGCUGACGAAGCGGAAGGCGCUAAUUUAAUGAAAUGUUUAAAUGGAUAUAGGGUGGGCGGCCAAGCUUUGAGGGUAGUGCCCAUGGGCAAAACACCCAUAAACAAUUCACAACCUACAUUUGAACAAAGGGGUAACAAUUUUUCUGCACGAAAUGAGUUCUCCAAUCACAUGACUGAUUACGACCGACCAGAACCAGGACGAUCAGUACAACCCUGGGCUGGCAACCAAUGGGCACAAAAUCAACAGAUUCCAAAUGCAGGGAACAACUUCAAUUACCAGCAAUCAACACUAAACCCUGGUUAUGGACAGCAACAGCAACAAGCUCAGGGACAAAGAACUGUGCAGCCAUUCUUGAAUAGGUUGCCCGUGCAAGAACCUGUCUUCUCUGGAGGUGUGAGACCGGUGGCUACAAAAGCAUUGAUGCCUGAUCCUCAACAACCCCGGCGUCUGGACGCGCGUUCACAUGUGCUGAGAAAUGUCGAGAUCGUGGAUCAAAGUUUAAACCGCCAGAACAUGUCUGGACGGUUCCCCGGAAAUCAGAAUUUUGAACAACAGAAAUCAAUAACAAUAAUGAAAGACAAUUUCCAAGGUCCGAAUCAGUACUCUGCCAAUCAGCAGGGUCAUCCACAGAACUAUCCCAAUCAAGGACAACCAUCCUGGCAACAAGGCCCACAACAAAAACCUCAACCAUUCUCAAAAGACAAUCCUCCAUUUAAAUCUCAAUAUGAAGAUGAGAGGAAAUAUUCAGACAGACACCCAGGUGGCCCGAAGAAUCCGGAAGGGCGUAAUAUGUAUGAGAAAACGCGUGGUUUUUCACCACAGAGAUCUCCGAUGGUUAGAGGAAUGUCUCCAGAAAGGCCCCAUGGCGGAUCAGAUAGGAGACCUCAUGUUGGUCCAGAUGGUAGACCCCACAGUGGUCCUGACGGGAGACCCCGUGGUGGUCCGGAUGGGAGACUUGGACUAUUAGGUCCAGAUGGGAGACCCCGUGGUGGACCAGAUGGGAGACAUGGAUUAUUAGGUCCAGAUGGGAGACCCCGUGGUGGACAAGAUGAUAGACCUCAUGGCGGUCCAGAUGAGAGAAGACUGUCUCCAGGAAGACGGUCUAUUCUACCUGGUAGGAGAAAUUCGCCAUCUGGCAGAAGGAUUUCUCCAUCUGAAAGAAGAUUUUCGCCACCUGGAAGGAGAAUGUCGCCAUCUGGAAGACGUAUAUCACCACCUGGCAGAAGGGUAUCACCACCGGGCAGGAGGAUGUCACCUUCUGGUAGAAGAAUGUCGCCAUCUGGUAGAAGGAUGUCACCAUCUGGCAGGAGGAUGUCACCCUCUGGCAGAAGGAUGUCGCCCUCUGGCAGAAGGAUGUCACCAUCUGGCAGAAGAAUGUCACCAUCUGGAAGAAGGAUGUCACCAUCUGCUAGAAGAAUGUCACCAGGCGAUCGUCGUCCGCCUGAGCGGGCUGGUCCUUCGAGCCACCGCGCGGAGUCUCCGCGGCUGCAGCCAGACUCCAGACACGGCAUCAUGUACUCGCCGUCUCGUCUUCACUCUGAGAAGUCAGAAGCCACACGUUCGAUGCCUAAACAAGUGAGGCCAGCAUACGAACCAGAUUCACAGGCACCAAAUCAAGCUAUGUACUCAGGUGGUUAUCGUCCAAAUGUUCGCGAGAAUGUUCAGUAUCCAAUACCUGGGGGACGUCAAGGAGAACACUCUUCGUGGCAAGACAGAGAAAAACUUUCCUUUCCACUGAAGAAAUUAGAAGAAGAUAGAAGAGAGAGGAUGUCUAGAGGGACCGACCGGUUGCCCGAUCAUGGAGUUGAUAUGAAACGGCAACCGUCGCCUCGAAAAUCGCGAUCGCCUUCUCGCCGUGAACGUUCUCCGCUUAGAGAUCGUUACAGACGUCAUUCACCAUCGCCUCGAUCCCCACGUCGCUCGUGGGCACUAGAAAAACGCAGAAGCCCUGUAGAAGCGCCACCCCCGCCCAUUUGGCCGGGACAAAAUUUACACGAAGAAGAUAAAUAUUCAAGAUCCAGAAGACCUGACUUUCACGAUAAAAAUGAACCCACCAAACCUAUGGUUUGGGAGCGAUCUACUUUUCUCCAAAAGAAUGAAGACUCUCAUCGAGACAGACGCCCACAGAUUGAACCAUUUGGAGAUGAUUCAAGCCGAUCGCGCCGGGAUGUAGGACUGCGAGAACCGCUCCGUUCAGGUCAUAGACAGGAUUCCCCAGUUCGGCCCUUUAAGAUUGAAGAAGAGAGAUUCCCUAAGAGAGAUCAAUCCAAAUUUAGUCCACGUGAAAACUUCCGUCCGCAAGAGAUUCACGAUCAAAAGCAUCGUAGUGAUAGGGAUGAUUAUCGCGAAUUGCCACCGCGUUCGGAGCGUGAACCACACCGUGAUGAAUUGAGAAGACAAGAAUUACCUCGGCGCCCUGAGGAGAGAAUGGAAGACUAUACAAAAAGACAGGAAAAAUUUGACCAAGAACUUGACGACGUUUACAAAAGAGCCGUCGAAUUUGCUAAGAAAACAGAUGAAUUGCGGAGACAUGAUCGCAGGAGAGCGAUUCCUGAAGAACGUCGCCGAGAUGAUGAACAUAGGGACGAGAGGCAAUUCCGCCGUGAUGAGGAGCCACGCCGGGAUUUCCACGAUCCUCGUCAGGAGGAUCGUCACUCAAGACACGAAGAACGCCCAAGUUCUCAUCACUCCGAUGAAUAUCACACAUCAAGUCGAGAAAGAGAAUGGAAAACGGGCAAUGUUAAAAAGUGGACAAUUUUAGAUGCUGCAAUAAAGGUCAAAAGGGAUAAGGCAUGCGAUGAACUUUGUAAUACAAUUAUACAGAAACAUUUUAAUGUCAUACAUAGUGAAGAGAUGAAACAUCAAAUUUCAGAAGAAUUGAAAAAUGUCCUGUUUAAACAGUUAUAUGAUAUGUUUGGGGACCAAGAUGUAUCUUUUAUAGAGAUGGUCAUAAAGUUUAAUAGUAAAUUUGCUGGACAUGAUGAAGAUAAAUUAUUUAAUGAUGUGAUGUCGAAAUUACAACCUCACUACAGAAACAUGAAACGUUCAGCUCCAGAAACAUCUGAUAUUCCUGCGAAGACUUUUAGACGUUCUCCUGACCUAAACUUGAAAGAUUCAUCCUCAUUGCCUUUCCAAACGUACAGUUGGAAUAUGAACGUUGGAUUUACAAAUCCAACUAUCAACAUGGAGUAUGUUUGCCCCCUACCGGUACCACCAAUUGAUGACGUGAAUACCGUCAUGGUUCCCGGUUAUACAUUUGAUACAGCUUCGCAGGAACAAAUGUAUGUCUACCAAUCGUCAGUUCAAAGCUUCGAGGAUAUAAAGCCGAUUGAACAGGAAGACGAUGGAUUUCACUUAUAUCUGUGCAAGGACGAUUUUGAGCCGCUGUUUGAUACUGAUACGGAGAAAUUAAAACAAUUUGUUGUGUCCAAAAUAUUUAACGUAACAGAAACGUCGGAUGGUUGGGCUCCUAAUUUCAUGUUUAAAGGUUUACAGAGUCAUCAUCGCUACGAAUUGAUAACAGGUGACCCCCAGUCGAAAGAAUGGCUUCUCACAUUAGAUUUCAGUGACUUCACGAGGUUCAAUGUAUUAGUAUAUACCAACGAGGAGUUGUGGUAUGAACGCGCUGCUAUUUGGUUGCCCGGUCAUUCUAGGUAUCGCUUCGAAGAACCUUUUAUUAAACUCCAAUUACAGAAUCGUAAAACAGAGAAACUGAACAUAGGUAAGUGGAAGUUAGUUAAAAAGAUCUUAAAUAUAAAAGGUACGAGACUGUAUGUCGACAUGCCACCGUCAUCUGCCAGACUUAUUGAACAAGACAAAUUGAUGCUUAGCUACGAAUUACAUAAAGUUAGUGUACUUUUAAGAGCAUCUGCCGUAGACAAAGACGCCUUCGACGCUGGUUUAAUUGAACAAUCAGUGUUAUCUAAGGAAGAUAUACGAUCGGCUAUUGCAAAUUCUCCCAUGCCCUCACUCAAUCAAAAUGACCCGAAUAUUAUUAAAAUAGAGCUCAAAGGAAGCAAGACACUAACAUUACAACAAGGAAGGAAAAUAAAAGACAUGGUCAUAUACAACAUGUUUAAAUACCAUGAAGAUGGAGGUGGGAGUAGAACAGAUUUCGAGAAAUAUGGGUUUUGUACGCCAAAUCACUUUGGGGUCAUUCCAGCGAACUCUGAAUCAAAAAAGUGGUUGCUGAGUCGCAAUAUAGGGAAGCUGAAUCGACAGCCAGUUGUAGUAGUUGGCGGCGAUGAUAGGAACACUAAAUAUUUCACCAUGUACGUAACCGUUCCUUUUGAAUCCAACAAAUGCAUGUCACUAAUUGCCAAACGAUUGAAACAGAGUAAUCAAGGCGUGAAAAAUCUUAACUUUAGUAUGUGGAAACCAAAACAGUUUAUUUCACUUAAAAAUAAAAGUCAACUCGAAGUGGAAAUCGAUAUGGAAUCUGUCGAGACGAUUAUUAAGAUGAAAUUUGCUUUAGACUACUUACUAGGGGACAGAUCAACUAUUACCCAUACUGCUUAUUUCCAACCAAAAAUGUCGAAAGAGAAAUUGUUGGACACCAUAAAGAAAUACAAAUCGGAACAAAUGGAUAGUUAUGAUGUAGCUAAUAUGGAAUUAGAUACUGAAUCGGAUUCAGAUGAAGUCGAAUGUUUGGGUGAAAUUAACCCAUAGGUUAUCAUUUUGUUGUGAGGAAGUUUGUUUCAAAUAUGUUUAAAUAUUAUGUUAA